UACAAGCAAAACGCGGAGAAUUGUAACGUCGGAGUAAUGGAAACGCCAUUUCUGCAUGACUUCUCUGGCGACCACCACCAGCUCAUUGGGCCCGACGGUGAUUACCGACCGGUUAAAGGCCUGAAAGAAUGGUGGGCUGUACUCUGGAUCGAGACAGUGAAGCUAUGGGAGAUUGGAGGCCCAAUUGCUUUCAAUGUCCUUUGCCAAUACGGGACCUACUCCAUUACCGUUGCUUUUUGUGGUCAUCUUGGUGCUGUUGAGCUCUCUGCUAUUUCUGUUGCUCAAAACGUUAUUGGUACUUUCUCUUUCGGCUUCAUGUUAGGCAUGGGGAGUGCUCUGGAGACACUGUGUGGACAGGCAUUUGGUGCUGGGCAAAUACAUAUGCUUGGGAUUUACACACAGCGGUCGAUGCUUAUUCUAUUGUUUAGUACAUUCCUUCUGUUGCCAAUUUACAUUUUUGCGACUCCAUUACUUAAGUUUUUAGGCCAAGAACAUGAAAUGGCUGUUCUUGCUGGGAAAUUUGCCCUGUUGUCAAUCCCCGAGUUGUAUUCACUGGCGGUCACUAUUCCCACUUCAAAGUUUUUGCAAGCCCAAAGUAAAGUUGGUGUGGUGGCUUGGAUUGGUUUUGUGGAUCUUUUACUCCAUGCUCUUCUGCUAUGGCUGUUCAUAUAUGUAUUCAAUUUGGGUACAGAUGGGGCAGCGUUCGCAUUUAAUAUUACAGGCUGGGCGGACGCAAUAGCUCAAUUUGUUUAUGUGGUUGUUUGGUGUAAGGAUGGAUGGACGGGAUGGUCUUUGUCGGCAUUAAAUGAGAUUUGGGCAUUUGUUAGACUCUCAGUUGCUUCAGCUGUCAUGUUAUGUCUUGAAAUGUGGUACAUGAUGAGUAUUAUUAUACUCACUGGACAUCUCAAGGAUGCAGUUAUUGCUGUUGGAUCCCUCUCUAUUUGUAUGAAUGUUGAUGGAUGGGAAGAGAUGUUAUUCAUUGGAAUCAAUGCUGCCAUAAGUGUUCGAGUCUCCAAUGAGCUUGGGCUAGGACAUCCCAGGGCUACCAAAUAUAGUGUAUAUAUCACAGUGUUUCAAUCACUCCUCAUUGGGAUACUCUGCAUGAUAUUUGUACUGGCCGUAAGAAAUCAUCUGGCUAUUUUUUUCACAAACAGCAAGGAUUUGCAACAAGCCGUUGCAGACCUUGCUUGGCUUCUUGGAAUAACCAUGCUUCUUAACAGUGUUCAGCCUGUAAUAUCAGGUGUUGCUAUAGGAGGUGGAUGGCAAGGUUUAGUGGCUUAUAUCAAUUUAGGAUCUUACUAUGUUUUUGGUAUUCCUCUAGGAUAUAUGCUUGGUUAUGUGGCUGACUAUGGAGUCGUGGGACUAUGGACAGGAAUGAUAGCAGGACUUGCUUUGCAGACACUGCUACUCUCAUUUGUACUCUAUAGAAUUGAUUGGAAUAAAGAGGUUGAGCAAUCGGCAGAGCGCCUACGCAAGUGGGGAGGUCAAGACUUUGAAGCUGAGGAAACUCUUAUUCCAGAGCCUACGAAAGCCUUACCAUAAAAGUGAGAUUUUGCAGUGACAUCAGAGGAUGAAGGGCCUUUAUCUUUGUUUUUGUUAAUCAAUUAAUGACAACUAGACCAGGCUAGUAUAUACUCUAACAUUGUGACUUGUGAGUGGGGGCUGUUAGUUUUAAUAGGAAUGUAGCUGCAAUUUAGAACAUUAGGCUAAGAUGUUUGUUUGUUUUGCUCUUUCUCCUGCCUUACACUAACGCUAGCUGUGUGAGGCUCGUUUAUGUUUCACACAUGGAUGGACCCAAACUUAUACACUUUUGGAUUCGCGAAC